AUGUCACUCUCCUCAUUCAUUGACACCCUCCGUUCUCAGAGAUAUUCCCUCCUUCCAACCAACUCAUCACCCUCUUCACCUGACCUGCUCAAGACGUCAAGCUCGACGAAGAAGAAGUUGUUCCAAGCUACAGCCAUAGGUCUGGUAUUGCUGGUUAUUACUGGUUAUACUCUACGUCCAGGCGGUAAUAAUGGAAUACAGAAACAGGUUGUAGAUCCAUAUGAUCAGUACACAGAUCCUAAUUUCCACCAACCGAUAUCUCCUCCUGAGAUUGAUGUGGGAUCAGAAGAACCUCCAAGCAGCGGGAAUGACCCCUCUAGACCCAACCAGAUAGAUACAACUAACUGGGGAUUGACAGAGGAAAUGGGUUGGAAGCCGCCUAAGGUCGGACUGAAGGAUUUAGGAGAGGUAGCGGAGGGAAGGUAUAGGCUGGGAUUCGAGGCUGGGGAGGAAGGUACGAGGGAGUAUUAUCAGCGCCUGUACGAUUUCGCCCUUUCACUUCCUAUGCCCCUCCACUCCCCCCUCCUUUCCUCUCUAUUCUACCAUUCUCCACCUCACUACGAUGCUGUCGUCCCUUCCUACCCCCUAUCAUCCGGUACAAGGCGACCCCCAACCUCGAUGAUCUCCUACAAGUACAUCCAUCAAACAGAUAAAGAGUUCAACCCGGAUAACGACCUGACGAAAAUAUGGACAGAGAUGAAUAAACCUGAUGGUUGGGAACUGAACUUCUUAGACGAUAAUCAAGCGCAUGAGUGGAUGUUGAAACAUUUUAGGAAAUCUGAUGUCAGUUGGGCAUGGGAUUAUAUGCAUAGGGGUGUACUCAAAGCGGAUUUCCUGAGGUAUUUGUUACCUUUGAUUAUGGGUGGGGUUUAUUCGGAUGUUGAUACCCAACCCAUCCGCCCAAUAGAACAAUGGGGCCACAACUCCGUCGAAUACCUCGACCUAUCAUCCACAGAUGGUCAAUCUUGGAAAUCCAAAUUAUCCACGAACCCAGCUGUGAUAGUAGGUGUAGAUGUGGAUGUACACGCAUACGAAGGGUGGGAGAAUGGAUGGCCAAGAGCUCUGGGAAUCUGUCAAUGGACGUUAUCCUCUUCUCCUUCCCACCCCAUCUUUUUGGACGCAGUUAGGAGAGUAGUAAAUGCCACGAGGGUAGUGGAAACUUGGGAGAACUGGAGAUCAGCCGAAAUUGAAAAAUUAUUAGGAGAAGGUAGGGAAGCGGACGCACAGGAAUUACAGAAUCAGCAUAGAGAUAUGGCGAUGAAUGUCAUGGAGUGGACUGGACCUGGGUUGUUUACUGAUAGUGUACUUUCCUUCCUGCUCGCUCGAUAUAACGUAACAUGGCACCGACUCCGAGGACUCAAUCAUCCUCUGAGAAUAGGCGACGUCCUGAUAUUGCCUAUAACGGGUUUCAGUCCUGGUGGUCAACCUGAUUUCGGAGCAGAGGGACCAGACAGUGUACAAGCUAAUGUGUUGCAUAAUUUCAGAGGUAGUUGGAAAGGUGAUGGAGCGAGGAAGAAAUAA